CGGUGACGACAAAUUUAAAAGCCUCUGCCGUGCUGGUUUUUUGGUUGGAAACUACAUGGGUAAUAACACUAUUUCUACAGUUAUCUACACGGAACGAAAACAACAAGAUGUGGAGAUGUUGGCAAGGUGUCAUGUGGGUAAGUGGCUGGAAAAAGACUCUCGCUUACGGUCCGUUAGGUGCGAUCCCACUUAUUUGGCCCAACAAACUAUGGUUGGCGUAUGCGGCGGGCGGACAGCUUAUUGCCUUGGCCGUUUUCCAUUUUCUCCUUUCGUUUAAGGGCAGAAGACGCCGUAAACGUAAAGAUCGACUUUUAAACGGCGACAUCGAUAGCUUUGAAAGCAGUCGGUUUGAGGAAGUAACUGAAGUAUUAGAUGACGGUCUACCGGAACCAAUUCCGGGCAGCAGCCAUUCACUUUCGGAUAGUCUGGCGGAACCGGAUACUAUUCUUGAAAUAUGACCGGAAAUGCAUCUAACGCCAGACAUAUUUAAACAUUUUGUGGACUCGGGCCACUGGAGUCCAAACGAUAGUGAUGACAGUGCGGUCUAAACAACACAAACGUACCUACCUAAAAAGGGAAAGGACUUUAUGAAAAUAUAUGUAUUUGUUUUUUAUAUAAUAAAUCUACUAACUUUAAUAAUUAUCACCCUAAAGAGAUUUAUGCAAUUUUAAAAUAAGUUUAUAUUUAAUGAAUUUGUUACUUUUCGAAU